AUGGGUUCCUUGCUGAGCAGCGACAACAGCAAACCUGCGCCCGCCUCCGCCACCCCGCGGGGCCUGGAGCGCAGAGGGAGCCCCGAGCUGCCAGUCACGUCCUUCGACUGCUCCGUGUGCCUGGAGGUGCUCCACCAGCCGGUGCGGACCCGCUGCGGCCACGUGUUCUGCCGCUCCUGUAUCACUACCAGCCUAAAGAACAAUAAGUGGACGUGUCCUUAUUGCCGGACUUACCUCCCUUCCCAAGGAGUGCCAGCCACAGAUGUAGCCAAAAGAAUGAAGUCAGAGUACCGGAAUUGUACCGAGUGUGACACCCGGGUUUGCCUCAGUGAAAUGAGGGCACACAUAAGGACUUGUCAAAAAUACAUAGAUAAAUAUGGACCACUACAAGAACUCGGAGAGACAAGGUGUGUGUGUCCAUUUUGUGAGAAGGAGUUGGAUGAAGACAGCUUGCUAGAUCAUUGUGUUGCUCAGCACAGAUCAGAAAGGAGAUCUGUGUUCUGUCCACUUUGUCGUUUAAUACCUAAUGAGAAUGCCAACAGCUUCAACGGCAGUUUAAUAAGACACUUACAAGUCAGUCACACUUUGUUUUAUGAUGAUUUCAUAGACUUUAAUAUAAUUGAGGAAGCUUUGAUCCGAAGAGUCUUAGACCGGUCCCUUCUUGAAUAUGUGAAUCACCCAAACACCACAUAA